AUGGUCAAUGCACUGGUUGCAAAACGACAUUUUAUCCGAGCUAUAAAACAAUGGACAACAAGCGUUGUGUACUAUAAUCCAUGCAAUGAAAGCAUGCAAUAUUUUCAAGUAACGUCACAAACAGUGUUUGAUAAACAGUUAUUAGACGAUAUUUCAAAUAACAUAUGGGUGAGUGGGUGUACAUUCCAAUCGCGUGCCAAAGUGUAUAACGCUAAUUUCACGCAAAAGAAUAACCAGAGACUAACAGAUAUGAAAGAAUUUGCUAGAACAAAAGAUGCGGAGUGGUUGUUAAACGAAGAUCGCGUAAAUGAUGCCUGGUUUAUGUGGAUAGUCGUAAAUUAUUUCCAUGAGAAAGGCGAACUUGAGCGGACACACUUAGAUGUCAAGUAUGAUGAAAAAAGUAAACAUCUGAAUACGGAAGAACUGUGUGAGUUGGUAUGGAAAGAUAUAUGCUGUUCUCGGAAAAAGUGGGUGAGGCACAAAUGUAAAACUAAAGGAUGCGCAGGUUAUGUUACAGUGGAUGGAAACGAGUACCUCAAACGUGCAAAAUGUGCUCUGUCAAAGGAGAAAGUGAGAUUAUGUCAUGAUCUUCCCAAAGUAUUUAGAUGUUGUAUGAACAGUCCAACAUGUGGCGGCAAGAGCAAAGCUCCUUCAAAGUUCUGUAGAGUCCAUGCGACGCAUCACGCAUGA